GCAGUGAUAAUGUCCCGAAAACAUUCCAUUUUUUUAAUACUUUAUAUCAGCUUCUACCUGGUCUCAGUAAAUGGAGAUUACUAUUCAGCUACAAGUGAACUAGAGCGACUGCUAGAUGUGGAAGCCUUCAUUGUGGAAAAGUUCGAGGAAUAUCUUGAUAGGGCACAACGAGAACAAGACAAUAUUAAAAGAUUUCUAGAUCAAGUAGAGGAGCUACAACCUGAUAACGACGAUCUUGGCGAUUAUUUUGGAAAUCCCUUGAAUGCUUUUACCACAAUUCGACGUCUGGUCUACGAUUGGAAGUUUAACGUUUUCGAGCCAAUUUUCAAUACAACCAACCUCGAGGACUAUAAGAAUUCUUUAAGCGGGGGCCUGAAAACGAUCGAUUUCAAAGGACCCAAUGCUGAGGAUCUUAAGGGAGCCACUCGUGGUUUACUUCGCCUGCAAAAUAUAUACCAGUUACCCACAUCUCAGUUAGCCAAUGGAGUUCUUGCUGGAGAAAAAAAUCAUCUGAAUAUCUCCCUAAGUGCCAGCGAUUGUCUAGAAUUGGGAAAGAAUCUGUGCGAAAUGCAAGAGUACUUCUAUGGCUCAGAAUGGCUGUUGGAGGCCAGAAAGAAAAUUAAUGAUGAUUCUUCGGAUUUGAUCUCACCAAAUGUCACGGACGUGGAGAUUUUGGAAAAGCUAAUACCCGCUUACUACCACUUGGGAAACCUUAAACUAGCUAACAAGCUGAAUAAUGAGAUUUUGGAACAGGAAUCUGACCACGAAGAGGCUUUAAGAAAUAAAGUUGUUUAUGAAGCUAUAUUGGCCAAAGAACGUAAUCAUAGUCCCAGAAUCCCAGUAGCUUUGCCUGAGCCAAAUAAUAAGGAGACCAAGGAGAGCUAUCAACUUUACAAACGAGUCUGUAGAGGAGAGCUCCGGCAAUCUCCUCGAGAGCAGAGGAAACUCAGGUGCAUGUUCAGCCACCAGAAUGUGGCCUUCUAUCGUCUGGCUCCCUUUAAAGUUGAGCAACUCAACCUGGACCCGUAUGUGGCCUACUACCAUCAGGCCAUAAAUCCAAGUGAAAUGGAGCAAAUCAUUGAGAAAGGCUUGGGCAGCAUGGUGCGUUCUAGAGUGGGCCAAUCCCAAAAUGCCACCACUUCUGAUAUUCGCACCAGUGCUAAUACCUGGCUCUGGUACAACGAAAAUCCCUGGCUUUCGAAAAUCAAGCAACGGCUGGAGGAUAUCACAGGCUUGAGCACAGAGAGUGCAGAGCCCCUGCAAUUGGUUAACUAUGGCAUUGGAGGGCAAUACGAGCCGCAUUUCGAUUUUGUGGAAGAGCCCCAGAAAGUAUUUGGCUGGAAAGGAAACCGUCUGAUGACUGCACUUUUUUAUAUUAACGAUGUGGCCUUAGGCGGAGCAACUGCUUUUCCGUUUCUCCACCUGGCCGUCCCGCCUGUCAAAGGCAGCCUUUUGGUUUGGUAUAACCUUCAUCGUUCUCUGCACAAGGAUUUCAGAACUAAGCAUGCUGGCUGCCCCGUUCUCAAAGGAUCCAAAUGGAUUUGCAAUGAAUGGUUUCAUGAAGGAACUCAGGUUUUUAAACGUCCCUGUGGACUUAGCAGCGAUGAAGGAAGAUUUUUGCAAUUCGAACAUAAAUGUGAAGAGCAACUGGAGUCUCUCUUGGUCACGGAAACACAGCUUAUUGAUGAACUGAGGGAUUAUAUUGAGAGGCUGGAGCUACAGAUAGAGGAGAUUCGAAGGGAGACGGAGGGCAUUGCUGAGAUUCACCGCCAGGUAGACCCUGAUGGCGUCGAGGAGUACAUGGGGAAUCCCUUGAAUGUCCUCACUAUCCUGAAACGUUUCGAAAGUGUUUGGCCCAGAUUGGAGCAAAUGGCAAACGCCACGGAUCAACUGGGUGUGAAUGAGGAAUUCAGCCAAAGAGACCUGGCUCUGCCCACCGACGAGGAGUAUGAGGAAUCGUUGAGCAGUCUCCUGCAUCUUCAGUCGGUCUAUGACUUGGAGCCCAGCAGUCUCUCUUUGGGUCUAGUCAAUGGCAUAAAAAUGGGCUCGGCAAUGUCCUGGGGCGACUGCCUGGAAGUGGCGCGCAAUUCAGAGUCCUCUGUGGCUAGAUUUUGGCUGGAAACAGCCAUGAACAAGCUGCCGUCGCCCACUGAAAACUCCACGGACCACACGAAGGAGCGGGAAAAUGGUCGAGUCCAGAUUCUGGAGGAACAACUAAACAUGGAAUACAAAGCAGGUGAACUUACCCGGGCUCUGACAGCUGCCGAGGAGUUGCUGCUUCUGUUUCCGAUGAACCAAAGCGUUCUAAAAGCCAAGGCCAAGAUUGAGAAACGUCUGGCCAAGAAGGAUUUGCCCGCGGGAAAGACACAAAAGUCAAAGGCAAAGACGCAAAAAACUAAGUCAGCAGAGCAGUUGCUCAUCGAGGAACUCUGCCGCGGGGCAACCCAAGGACCAACAAUAGGAAGUCGCUUCAGUCAGUGUCAUUUUGAAGGACGAACGCCAUGGACCCUCCUCCAGCCAUAUAGAUUGGAACCCCUAAGUUCAGACCCUUAUGUGGUGUUAUAUCACGAUGUGAUGACCCAGAAGCAAACCGAUCAAUUGCUGGAGCUUGUGGAUGAGCAGAAGGGUAGUAGAACUGGCUACCAGCCUCUGGAGUUUUCUAAGCUGGCCCAGAAGAAGCUGAGAAGCAUUCGCCAUCACCUUGACAGCGAUGUGGGAGCCCAGGACCCAGCGUGGGAGGCACGUCGUCAUAGCCACGAACACUCCACCACCCGGCUGGAGGAUAAUCCGGGACAUGUGGCACGUGGUCUGCUGAAAUUGCAAGACCCCGGAAUGGGAGGUGCCUUGGUCUUCCCCCAACUGGAACUCGGCGUGAAUGUCCCACGUGGUUCGGUGCUCUACUGGCGUACACGCAUCUCCGGCGUAUCUCUCACCGAACCGGAGUGGGACUACCGCAGUCAGCAUGCUAGAAUGAGAUUACUUCUACUGCUGGGACUUGUGUCCUGUUGGGGUCACAGUUCACUUGCCUCGGAUUAUUUUUCUUCCAUCACCGGUCUGGAGGAACUUUUGAAAACAGAGAACUAUCUAAUGCAAAACCUGAGAUCUAAAGUUGAUACUAUUAAGAACUCUGUUCAGCAAUUGGAGAGAGAAUUGUCCUCCAUCGAACAGGAGCAUGUAUCGGCAUCAAAGGAUACUGAAAACUACCUCACCAAUCCUGUGAAUGUCUAUCGGCUGAUGAAGCGCCUCAACAUGGAUUGGGCAUUAAUGGAAGGACGUGUUCAGCAGAUUUCCGAAGAUAUGAUCUUUAAUGCCACCCGUAGCUAUGGCCUCAGUUUUCCGAGCCAAGAGGAUGUAGAAGGAGCUGCCCUGGCUCUGGUUCGCCUGCAGAGCACCUAUAAGCUGGAUGUGGCCCAGGUAGCCGCAGGCAUCCUGAAUGGCGUCAAAUACGGCACCGACAUGAGUUGGCAGGAUUGCUUCGAGCUCGGCCAACAACUCUUUGAAAUGGAGGACUACAACAACACCAAGGUAUGGAUAAGGGAGUCAAUGGAGCGUUUGCGGCGCCACAGCAGCCCCGCCCACUCGACGCCCACAAACGGACCCGACUACGAUACCCUCAACAAAAUGGAAACGGUCGCCAAGGGUUUGUUCCAACUGGGCGACUUCGACACGGCCUACGAGCUCAGCCAGCGGGUUCUUCAGUUCGAUCCGAAACGCAUCCGGAAUUGGCACUUGGGCGACAAAGGCGUGGCACUUCCGGAGGAGACCGAUGACCCAUUAUUGCCCAGGCACUCCGAUUCAUAUAGUCUAACUCGUGAAUUCGCUCAAUACGAAAAGGUGUGCCGUGGCGAGGUGAGUCCUACACCGAGGCAGGAGCGACGUUUAAGGUGUCGGCUAAGCCGAGGAAGCCAUCCGUUUCGACUGCUAGCACCACUAAAGCUGGAGGAACACAACCUAGACCCCUAUGUUGUCACGUACCACGACAUGCUCAGUCCUCAGAAGAUCACAGACCUCCGCCAAAUGGCAGUUCCUCGGAUGAGGAGGUCUACAGUCAACCCCCUACCCGGAGGGCAAAAUAAAAAGUCUGCCUUUCGGGUGAGCAAGAACGCCUGGCUGGCGUACGAGUCCCACCCCACCAUGGAAGGAAUGCUGAGAGAUCUGAAAGAUGCCACCGGACUGGACACCACUUACUGCGAGCAGCUCCAGGUGGCCAAUUACGGAGUGGGCGGUCAUUACGAACCGCAUUGGGACUUUUUCAGAGAUCCAAAUCAUUACCCUGCGGAGGAGGGAAAUCGCAUCGCCACUGCCAUUUUCUAUCUUUCAGACGUGGAGCAAGGAGGGGCUACAGCAUUUCCCUUUCUGGACUUUGCAGUCAAACCCCAGCUGGGAAAUGUGCUCUUUUGGUACAAUUUACACAGGUCCUUGGACAUGGAUUACCGAACCAAGCAUGCCGGUUGUCCCGUUCUAAAGGGCAGUAAGUGGAUUGGCAACGUUUGGAUCCACGACAUGACGCAGACCUUUGCCCGGCCCUGCGAUGUUUUCCGGGAUCAUGAGGUUUCCUUGGAGUACGAGAUAAUAAAAUAA